UACGAUGUUGUUGAAAAAGAUGUGGUGGAUGAGUACGGUGCUUACUGCACGUUGUAUCGUCAUAAAAAAUCGGGCGCGGAGCUCUUGUCGGUGGCAGUUGACGACGAUAAUAAAGUGUUCGGCAUUACCUUUCGAACACCGCCGGAAGAUUCGACCGGUGUCCCGCACAUUUUAGAACAUUCCGUCUUGUGUGGCUCUCGAAAGUACAAGACCAAGGAUCCUUUUGUCCAGCUGCUUCAGGGGUCGCUUCAAACAUUCCUGAACGCCUUUACGUAUCCUGAUCGCACUUGCUAUGUGGUGGCAUCCCAAAAUACCAAAGAUUUCUAUAAUCUGAUCAACGUCUAUGCGGAUGCUGUGUACCAUCCUAGAGCAAUCGAUGAUCCAAACGUUCACGCUCAGGAAGGAUGGCAUUUGGAACUUGAGGACAAGGCUGGACCAUUAACAUACAAGGGUGUGGUGUACAACGAAAUGAAAGGUGUUUACUCAUCGCCAGAUUCCCGUCUUAUGCGAGCAUCCCAGCGAUCCAUCUUUCCAGACAACACCUAUGGUGUGGACAGUGGUGGCGAUCCUCGCGUCAUUCCCGAACUCAGCUAUGAGCAAUUCCGCGAGUUUCAUCGUAAAUUCUACUCACCGUCCAACUCCCGUAUUUACUUUUCUGGAGACGAUGAUGUGUACCAACGCUUGGAAUUGAUGGAUGAGUACCUUCAGGAAUUCGAUAUGCUGCCGGAUGCAAAAGAAAAGUCCCAGAUACAGUGGCAGUCCAAAACGUACAUGGAGCCUAAGAAAGAAUUUGAAACGUAUCCUGCUGGUGCGGACCAGCCUGAGACUCACUUAUUAACCGUAAACUGGCUUUUGAACGACAAGCCCAUGACUUCUUUCGAAGAAUUGACGCUCGGGGUACUUGAUCAUUUACUUAUGGGUACCACAUCUUCCAAAUUACGCAAGACUUUGAUGGAAAGCGGUCUCGGUGAAGCCAUUACCGGUGGAGGUUUGUCGGAUGAGCUUUUGCAGGCCACUUUUUCCGUAGGUCUGAAGGGAGUGCAAGGUGAAAAGACGGGAGAAGUUGAAAAACUCAUUGUAGAUACCUUGACUGGGAUUGCAAAGGACGGCUUUGACGAAGACGACAUCGCAUCGAGUCUGAACACUAUUGAGUUCCAAAUGCGUGAGUUUAACACUGGAUCUUUUCCCAAAGGGCUCAGUUUCAUGCUCGGAUCAAUGAGCAAGUGGUUGUACGACAAUUCUCCUACUGAGGCCCUCAAGUUCGAACGCCCUCUGGCGGAACUUAAGGAGAGAAUUGCCGAUUCAGGAUCGAAAAUCUUCCAGGACAUGAUCCAAUCAUACCUGGUGGAAAAUACUCAUCGUACCACGGUGGAAUUGGCCCCAUCCAAAACGCUGGAAGAAGAAAUUCUCAAAGAGGAACGCGACCGCUUGGAAGAAAUUAAAUCAAAGCUAUCGCAAGAGGAUCUUGAUGAAAUUAUCCACAAGACGGAAGAGCUGAAGAGGCUCCAAUCAUCAGAAGACUCUGUAGAAGCGCGAGCGACCAUCCCAAGCCUUGAACUAUCUGACUUGAAACGAGAGACAACCGAAUAUCCUAUUUCUGUUACGCAAAACGAGAGCAAAUCGGGGGUCACCGUUGUUCGUCAUGAACUCGGCUCGACCAGUGGUAUUGCUUACGUUUCAACCGCUAUUGAUAUCUCGGGUGUAUCUGUGGAAGACAUUCCGCUGCUCCCGAUAUUUACGAAAAUGAUGACCCAAACUGGUGCGGGUGAAUACGACUCCGUGGCUUUGUCGCGUCGUAUCGGUACCCAUACAGGCGGUGUUGGAGUCAGUCUUCUGACAACUGCAGUACACCCAGAGGGAUCAGACGAAAGUGUAACUGGAGACGGCGAGCACAUGAUUACGAAGAUGUUGAUACAAGGGAAAGCGACCAGCGAAAAGGUGGAUGAGCUCUUUUCCAUCAUGAAUCUUAUCUUGACGGAUUCGAAGUUGGAUUCUCAGAAAAAGGUUAUUGAGAUGCUGAAGGAAUCUCGUUCUCGAUUGGAGUCUAGCGUCCAAGGAGCUGGUCAUGCCGUGUCGAAUACCCGAAUGAAGGCCCGUUAUCGUGUUGGCGGAUACAUUGAUGAAAUUACGUCAGGGAUUUCUUACUUGCAAACCGUGAAGGAGCUAGUCAAGCAGGCUGAAGAGGAUUGGCCUUCGCUAUUGAGACGUUUCGAGAAAAUCAGGAGCACCAUUCUUGAGAAGUCAACGUGUCGCAGCGGCAUGGUUUUGGACAUCACGGCAGACGAAAAGGUUUUCGGAGACAUUCAGCCAAGUGUAGAACAGUUUUUGACAGAGCUCCCGGGGGAUGCCAAUGGUGAAAAGCUGCAGAACUUUUACAAGGAAAUUCAUCCGUGGGUUCCCCAUGCGAAGAAUAUGAUGGCUGAGUUCGCCCCUGUCAAGGACGAAGGUUUUGUCGUGCCCACCCAAGUAAGCUAUGUUGGCAAGUCUGGUUUGUUGUACGACGAGGGAGAGCACAUUCCAGGUUCGGCUGCAGUUGUGGCCCGAUAUUUAAGAACGGGCUACCUCUGGGACCAUGUUAGAGUGAUGGGAGGUGCCUAUGGAGGCUUUUGUACUUUUUCCCCAUUUUCGGGAUACUUUUCGUUUCUCAGCUAUCGCGAUCCAAAUCUGGACAAGACGAUUGAUGUGUACGACGCAGCUGCUGACGCUUUGAUAGCGGCUGCUGAUGCGCUCGAGAAUAAUCCAGAGGCCCUUGCGACAGCCAUCAUUGGUACAAUCGGAGACAUGGACGGUGCGCUGAGUCCUGAUCAGAAAGGUGCUGCUGCUAUGCAAAGGUGGCUCAUCAAUGAGAGUUCCGAAUAUCGCCAAAAGUAUCGCGACGAAGUCCUGAAUACGAAAGCGAGCGAUUUUCGCGAGUUUGCUGAGCGCCUCAAGGGACUGAAAUUGCCCUCUGUCGCUGUU